AUGUUGUGCAGGGUUUCCCGGUCUUUGGGGUCCUUUUGGUCCAAGGCGCAGUUCCUUGACGCCUGCCAGCACGGUGACGCGCAGCAGGUGGAGGGUUUCCUGCGCCAGUCUCAGGACCCCAACGUUUGGGACCCGCUUGGGCGUCACACGGUCCUCUACCAAGCUGCAUGGAACGGCCACAAGGACAUUGUGAGAUUGCUCCUGGAAGCUGAGGCAAGUGUGCACACUGAGCAGAGAGAGUAUUGGGAUUUGCUUGCUGUGGCUUGCAGUCGAAACCACCUGGGCAUCGCUCGGCUGUUGCUGGAAGCCAGAGCUGCCAUUUCUGGUGCACUGCCGGCGGCUUGCUCCGAAGGCCAUAUAGAGUGCAUCUCUUGGCUGCUCGACGCGCGAGCCGACGUUGAGCAAUGCACUUGGAACAGACCCGCGACGUCCUUGCAGGCAGCAUCAGACAAGGGUGAUGUAGAAGUGGUUGGCAUACUCCUUCAGGCAGGUGCGGAUGUGGAUGCGGCUCCUAACCAGGGCGAUGUCCCACUGGCACUCGCUGCCCAGUCUGGUCACCUGGUGCUUGUACAGCUGCUGCUGGAUUGGGGUGCUUCUGUGGACAAGCUCGUGGUCGACAGUCCAGAUUUCGAUACUGGAAUCGACGACAGGCGGCCCAGUGAGCCCAUCUUCUACGCGCCAGCUCUCUUCUGGGCAUGUGCUGGCGGCCACCUUCAGAUAGCCCGCCUUUUGCUAGAGGCCCGUGCAGAUGUCAACAAGCCGAACAACCAUGGCGAGACUCCCUUGUACGUAGCCAUCUCGGGUGGCCUCUUGAGCAAGUCCACCGAGCUUUAUCUCUAUUUAAAGAAGCUCCACACGGGUCGUUUGGACAUGGUGGCGCUAUUGCUGGAGUCUGCAGCGGACGUGGAGAGGGGGAACAUCGAGGGCGACACGCCCCUCUGUACAGCGUCCCGAGGAGGUCUCGUGGAUAUGGUGCAGCUCUUGCUGGAGGCAAGGGCUGAAGUGGACCGUGCAGAUGCAGCAGGCGCGACUCCCCUCCGUGCGAUUUGGGAUGGAAGCGCCCAGUUCACGUACGCAAAGGAUGAGAAGGCCUGCCGGCGCCUGGAGAUAGCACGCCUGUUGCUUGAGGCCCGGGCAGACGUGGAGAAGGCGCAUGGUCAGGGCAUGGCUCCUUGGCAGGUUGCCACGGAACACUCAGUGGUGGUUGGGCUGCUUGCACAGGUUAGCAACUGCUCAAGCUCCAAAAGCGGACAUUGGGGAGCCCUUGGGAGCCCACAGCAAGACGCGACGGCCAUGCCCAGCUUGCCAUCCAAGCAGGUGUGGGAACUCGGCCCGCCAUCGGUCCCCGUCGUCUCGGUGGCACCUUUGAAGGACUACUGCUCUUUGCAGGAACAGGCAGAAAGCUGGCUGCGAGGAGUCGGGGGAGCGAGCGUAAGCGAUAUCGCCAACUUCUACAUCAACCCGGGCCUGGGUGAUCCUUCUUGCCCAGCAGCCCAGAAGUAUGAGAAGGGCUUGGCCACUCUACGCUGCACCCACGUGACCCAGUGUGAGUUCGCUUUCCGUAGCGCGAGAAAUCGCAGCGAAGUGCGCAGCAUGUGCUGGGAGAAUUUGGACCCUUCACGCCGGGCCUGGCAAUGGCAGUCCUAUGGACCGGGCGAGUACUUCAGCAUCCAGCCGACCCCUCUGAAAGAUGAGCCCUGGGGCAAUGUGCGGCAAGAUUCCCCGUAUCUCGUCGUCUUUCUGCUCCUCAGAGGUAGCGACAACACAACGCACUGUGGCGGACUUGUCAGAGUGGUUGACAGUCCAGCACACGGCCGCAUGAUGUACUGUGUGCCCCUCGGCGUGCUAGACUACAACGGCGGCGGUGAUCCAGAGACCCUUUGCUUGGCAAGACUCUUGCCAGACCGAGCAGGUUUCUUAGUCUUAGCUUGCUGCAAUGGGAUCCUGUGUGAGGCGCUACUGACACUCUCCCGCAUGGAGCUGGCUGACCUGGAAGGCCCUCAGCCCAUCAUCGCCUUGAAGCGCCGCCUGCAAGGCCGAUGUGGCCCGACCCGGUUUCGACAGCGGCUCCUCAGUGAGGAUGGGCACAUUCUGGGGGACGAUACCAGGUUGGAACUCUUGGAGAAGCUUACCGAGCUCCUGCUUGUGCUGACGAAUUUCGAGAACACCACAAAUGAGCAAGUUGCAGCGCUCGCGGACGCCUGCGGCGCGGGCGACUUGAAAGUGAUCGAGGGCAUGCUGCAGCGACCGCAAGAUCCCAACCUGGGGGACGCAGGUGUGAACCUGGAAGAUGGCGGUGCCCUCCCCCUCCACGCUGCCGCCAACAGCGGAAGGGUUGAAGCCGUCACCUUGCUGCUGGAGGCUAAUGCUGAUCCAGACAGCCAAGAUGAGUACUUGCAGACUCCUCUGCACCUGGCCGCCAUGGAAGGUCAUGCCCAGGUGGCAUUCCGAUUACUGAAGGCCAAUGCCAACCCGGAUGCUCAGGCUUUGGCACAUGAUUCUACCGGUCUGACCCCACUCGAAGCGGCAUCCUCCGGAGACCAUGUGGAGGUUGCCCAGUUCUUGCUUGAAGCUCGCGCAGAUCCGAACCGGUUCUCCAAAGCGCAUCAAACCCCGCUUCAUCGUGCUCGGAGUUUGGAGAUGAUCCGCCUUUUGCUGGGGGCUGCUGCUGAUGUGAACUUGGGCCAAAGCAAAGACGGCAAAGACUGCCACACUGCACUUGAUGCGGCAGCCGAAGAAGGUCCCUUCGCGAGGGCUCAGCUCCUCCUGGACUUCGCCUCCGAACAAACGAAAUCUCGAGCAUUGCAAUCCGCAAGCCGCAGUGGACGCGCGGAUGUGGUGCAGCUCUUGCUUCUGGCUGGCGCCCACAAGUUUCCGGCGCAUCGCAGUCACUCUCCGCCUCUGGCGUCAGCUGCCAAAAGGGGAUUCUUGGACGUGGCACGCCUUUUGCUGGAUGCCGGGGUCGAUGUGGACGAGGCAACGGUCCGCAACGAAACUCCACUUCUGAGGGCUUGUGAACAAGGAAACCUGUCAAUGGUGCGGCUGUUGCUGGAGUCCCGGGCUGAUACAGGCAAGCUCGACGAUCGGGGGCGGACGCCCCUCUGCGUGGCAGCCAAAGGCUUCCUUUUGCUGCCGAGACGUGCAGGCAUUGAAAUCAUAGGCCUCUUGCUCCAAGCUGGUGCCAGCGCGGAGAAGGCUACGGACCUUCUGGUGGCCGCAUGCGCCAAAGGCCACGUGGAGCUGGUAAGCCAAUUGCUGGAAGCCGGUGCUGACAUAAACAGUGCCUGGUGCCAUUGUGGCAAUGUUCGGUAUCCUUGCCUGCAACAACACAGUCACUGUGGCUGGACACCCCUCGGUGCAGCUGCUUCAGCAGGACAUGCCAAUGCUGUGGCGGUGCUACUGCAGGCAGGCGCGGACCCGGACCUCCAGAGCCAAUGCCAGCACUCGGGCACCCACACACCCCUUGAUCGCGCAGCUGCCCGCGGACACGUGGAGGUGGCCCGUCUGUUGUUGGAGGCUGGUGCAAAGGUCAGAGCCACCGGGCCUCACUCGCCACUGGCGAUAGCAUCCUGGUUCGGACACCUCGACGUCAUGCGGCUGCUGCUGGCGGUCGCUGACCAUGCGGACAAGACAGCCGCCCUGGUGACAGCAUGUUUGGAAGGUCAUGCAGCGCAGGUGGAUAUCUUCUUGCAGGCUGGAGUGGACGAGGGCCAAGCGCUGAAGGCGGUGACGGAGAACAACCGCGUGAAGGCUCUGGGACUGAUGCAGUCUCACCCCGGAAGUGAUCCGAGUUUCAGGUCACGGUUCGAGUUCUGA